CGUCGAUAUAUGAAAACGGAUUGGCUGGUUCAAUCUUCAACAACCCUUUUUGAAAUUUGUCUGGUUUGUUUGGCGUGGUACUGUUUAUUUCGUAGCAGGUACGAAGACACGAAGCGGCUUCAUCUCUUUUCAGAGAACAACUAACGUUAAAUACGAUAUAGAAAGAAGUGGCCAAAGUAUUGCCAGGUUAAAAUCCUUAGCGUUACCACGUUAAUGGUCAGCCAAGAUGGCGAUUAACGUGGGUGUUAAGGCUCUUCUCUGCUGGGUCAACACGUUAAAACUGUCAGACCGAGAAAUAACUAUAGACGAUUUACAAGAUGGGACAGUCUUACUGAAAGUUGUUUGUGUGCUGAAAAGGGAACACAACUGCCAUUUCAGUAAUUCCACUGAGGAGCGAUUUAAGCUCAUUGCAGACUUUGUGGAAAGGGAUUGCAGAUUUACUGCAACCAAAGGCACUUCUGUAUCUUGGGACAACAUAAGACAUGAAAUCAACCUAACAGUUGAAAUUGCCAAGGUGCUUUUGUUGCUCAUAUACCACGACAUGAUGAAUGAGCGCUGCACUGUGAACUCAUUGGAAUGUCAUGUGGAGCAAGAGAUAGCACACCUUACGGAGUCCUUUGUUAUGGAGAGUGACGGCUGCGUGUUUUUGAGCAAAAGCCUCGAUGCCUAUUUGGCAAGGAGACGUAUAUCGGUCAGCCGUGAAAUAUUUGAGCAAUCGGCAACCACCUCUGUCUCCAAUGUGUCGACUAUCUCCUCGUUAACAGAUGACGAGUCCCCCGUUUUCGACCGCAGACAGAGAGUCACAUUUGUCGACAUGCAAACUGUGGCUUCCUCCUCAGUCAGCAACUCUCCUCUGCAGAAUAUCAUGAACACGCCAAAAUUUCAGUUGAGGAAGAUGGAACGACAGAUGAUCAGGGAGAGAGACCACAGAGAUGGGUUGGAGAGCGAGUUGGCCAGCAAGAUUGCACUCCUUGCACAGAGAGAGUCCCAUUGCAACCAGUUGCAGUACUGCCUGGAUAAGCUGAAAAAAGAGCAACAUGAACAGGAGAAUUUCAUCAAGGAUCAAAUCAAUGAGCUUGAGAGCAAGAACAGCACGUUACAAAUGCGUCUUAAUGAGAUGUUAAAGCACAAUAAAGACCUCAAGAGUAACUCCACACUUAUGGAGCGCAAAGUGGAUGAGCUUUCAGACGAAAACGGUGUUCUUUCAUCCCAGAUGAGAGCAGUUUGUUCACAACUGGCCAUCUUUGAAGCAGAAGUUGGCAGGCUGACCGAGACCCAAGCUUUUUCUGAGGAGGAUUGGAGGAGCAAAACAGGCCACCUCCAGUCGGAGCUUAACCAAGCCACUGCUCAAAAGGAGUUACUGACUGAACAAAUUCAGAUCCUGCAGGGAAAGAUUUCCUAUCUGGAGGAUGUAAUUAGCAGGGCCGCUAAGGAAGAAGUUGGAGAGAAUAUGGGCCCUGUAAUGGAGAGAGACAUGUUGGACACUGAAAUCAAAGGUUUGAAGCAUGAACUGGAGAGCACAUCUUGCUCCCUAAAAAAGGCUGAGGUGGAGAUUCGGGCCAAAACACAGCAGCUGGCUGAGUAUCAACAAGAAUUAAAUCAACAGAAAGGGCUCAUGCAGCAACAGGAGUCCCAAACUGAAGAAAUCAUUCAAGCUAAGGAUGGCAUUUUAGACAAAUUACAGAAGGAGAUCACUGAGCAGAGAGCAGUCCUUCAGCAAGAGAUCCUGGACCUCAAGAUUCAACUUGAGCAAGUUACGCAGCAGAAAACUGAGCAGAUCACCAGACUACAACAGCAUAUUGAUGCUUGUGAACAAGAAAUUGAAAAUCUAAAGGAAAUAAAGAAAGAAAAGGAAAGCCUUCUCCGCCAGACUGAUGAAAAUGUGAAAGAUCUCAAGACAAAGUUAUCUGCUGCCACUUGUCUCUUGGCUGAUAAAGACCAACAAAUUAUCAGUCUCAGAGAAGAAGUUGACAUUUUAACAGAUGAAACCAAAAACAACAAAAAUGAAAUUCAAGCCAAAGAGGAAAUGCUUGCCAAAUUACUUCUGGAAAAGUCUAAUGAGCAAGACAUUUUUCAUAAUAAAAUCCAGACCUUAUCAGUCCAAGUGAAAGAGCUUAGCUCGUCUCUCAAACAGGCUGAGCAGGAAAUUCAACUUAAGCAAGACCUACUGGCUAAAACCCAACAAGAGAAUGUCCAACAAAGGGAGGUACUCCAACAACAGAUUGUAACCUGUGAAGAGGAGGUUCAGAAGUUGAAUAAAGAGAUGCAGGUAAAGAACGAGCAGCUUGUUAUUCUAAAGAAUGACUCUUCUCGACAGUCUGAAUCGCUGGAGCAAGAGAUUACAGGCCUGAAAGCUCAACUAGAAAAUCUUAAUGACUCUCUCAGAAAGGCUGAGGAACAAGUUCAGGCUCAGAAGGGAAUGCUUACAAAGCAGGAGGAGCAAAGUUCUCAUCAGACAGUGGUCCUGCAGCAACAGCUGUCUGCUUCUGAAGAGAGGGUAAGGACCAUGAAGGAGGAGAUUCAGAUUAAAGAGGAACAGAUGAACAUGUUGAAAAAUCAAAGUUUGGAGCAGUCAGAACUACUACAUCAAGAAAUCCAAGAUUUAAAGAAACAGGUUGAGUGUAUUUGUUCCUCACUGAAGAAUGCUGAGGAGCAUUUGAAAUCCAAGGAAAAUCUGUUGGCACAAAAAUCCAAGCAGGAGCAGCAGAGCACUUUGCAGAUCGAUGCACUUGGAAAACACAGUGCCGUUCUUGAGGAGGAGGUUAAUCGGCUGAGGGAGGAUAUCCGAACUAAAGAGCGCGAGGUCGACCUGUUAAAGGUUGAGAGCUGCAAGGAGUCAGAAGUGCUACAGAAAGAGAUCCACACUCUGAGGGACCAAGUCCAAAGUUUUAAUGAAUCCUUCAAGACUACAAUAGAGCAGCUUCAGGCUAAAGAAUACCUACUGACUGAGGAAAAAGAUAAAUAUCAGAACAUGACAACAACCUCUGAAGAGGAGAUAAAAGCUCUUAAGGAGCAGAUCCAGUCUAAAGAGGAACAGCUGGUCACAAUAGAAAAAGAAGGCUCAAAACAUUCUGAAAUGCUACAGCAAGAGAUCCAAUGUCUUAAAAACCAACUCGCUAAUAUGGGUGACUCUCUCACAAAGGCAGAGGAGGAGGUUCAAACUCAGGUAGCCAUGCUCACCAAACAGGAGCAGGAGAGUGCUCAUCAGAAGGAGAUACUGCAGCAGCAACUGUCAGCAUCUGAAGAAGAGGUGAUGAAGAUGAAAGAUGAGCUCCAAGCUAAAGAGGAGCAGAUGAUGAUGCUGAAGACUGAGAGCUCAGAGCAGUCAGAUCUGCGACAUCAAGAGAUCCAAAGUUUAAAGGAACAGGUUGAGUGUCUUAGUUCCUCACUGAAGAAUGCUGAGGAGAAUUUGCAAUCCAAGGAACAUAUGUUUGCUGAACAGCAACUACACAGCACUCAGGAUAUGGAGGCACUCCAAGUGCAGAUGGUAGCAUCUCAUGAUGAGGUGAAACGGCUUAAUGCAGAGAUUCAGGUGAAGGAGGAGCAAUUAGUUCAGCUAAAGACUGAGACCUCUACACACUCUGAAUUGCUACAGCAAGAGAUUGAAAGUCUGAAUAAACAAAUAAAUACUUUGAGCAAUUCUCUUGAGAUCGCCAAGGACCAGGUUCAGGCCAAAGAAGAUUUGAUGGCCAAGCAGGAGCAGCAGAGCACUUUGCAGAUCGAUGCACUUGGAAAGCACAGUGCCUUUCUUGAGGAGGAGGUUAAUCGGCUGAGGGAGGAUAUCCGAACUAAAGAGCGCGAGGUCGACCUGUUAAAGGUUGAGAGCUGCAAGGAGUCAGAAGUGCUACAGAAAGAGAUCCACACUCUGAGGGACCAAGUCCAAAGUUUGAAUGAAUCCCUCAAGACUACAAUAGAGCAGCUUCAGGCCAAAGAAUACCUACUGACUCAGAAGGAAAUGGAGAUUUCUCAGGCAAAAGAUACAUUUCAAAACAUGACGACAACCUCUGAAGAGGAGAUAAAGGCUCUUAAUAAGCAGAUCCAGUCUAAAGAGGAACAGCUGGUCACGAUAGAAAAAGAAGGCUCAAAACAUUCUGAAAUGCUACAGCAAGAGAUCCAAUGUCUUAAAAACCAACUCGCUAAUAUGGGUGACUCUCUCACAAAGGCAGAGGAGGAGGUUCAAACUCAGGUAGCCAUGCUCACCAAACAGGAGCAGGAGAGUGCUCAUCAGAAGGAGAUACUGCAGCAGCAACUGUCAGCAUCUGAAGAAGAGGUGAUGAAGAUGAAAGAUGAGCUCCAAGCUAAAGAGGAACAGAUGAUGCUGCUGAAGACUGAGAGCUCAGAGCAGUCAGAUCUGCGACAUCAAGAGAUCCAAAGUUUAAAGGAACAGGUUGAGUGUCUUAGUUCCUCACUGAAGAAUGCUGAGGAGAAUUUGCAAUCCAAGGAACAUAUGUUUGCUCAACAACAGCAAGAAAAUAAAGACAUCUUCCAGCUGCAGCUUGUCUCAGUAAAUGCAGAGCUGAACCACUACAAAGAGACACAAGCUGCAGACCUCAGACUGAAAGAGGCUGUACAGGUUGCCACUUUAAGCGAGAAGGAGGCUCUUGUUCAGGAAAAAGAAGUACUCAUGGCCAGGAUACUCCAGGCAGAAAAGAAUCAGAAAGCUCUGGAGAAACAACUUGAAGCCAUGGUGUUUGAGAAUGAGAGACUUGCUCAAGCCAAGCAGGCCAUAAAGAAAGAGAAUGAGAUCUCCCAUAAAUUGGAGUCUGUGCUACAGCAGGAGCUGGAAACCAUUAGAACGGAGAAAGAGAAACUCUUGAAAGAAAAAGCUGAGGUGCAGCAACAGCUCUCAGCUAAAUCGGAGGCUGCGGAACACUACAAGGCACAGAUGGAGAAGGCAGUGAAUCAUUAUAAUGGCAAGAAACAGCUUCUCCAGGAAAGCCAAGAGGAGACGGUUGAACUCAAGCAUUCCUUGGAGGUUAAAGAGCGUGAAGUAAAGGCUACUACCAUGGAAAUCAGGCUGCUGAAGCUGGAUUUGGACAAGGCCCAAACCAACGAGAAGGCACUUUUGAACAGGGUGGCCAGUUUGGAGGCACAGCUGGCCUUUGCUGACCGUAACCUGCGGAUACAGAAUAAGAUUCAUGAAGGAAGUGCAACAGAGUCGGGUUACUUGGAUGUUCGCAGUGCAUACUCAAGUGUUCACACAAGAGCACAGGUGAAGAGAAGCAUGAGUGAUGACAGUCUGGACCAUAGCUCUCUGGAAGACUCUCUGACCACCACAAGGAAACUUACAGGGCCCGAUGAAUCAAGCACACCGCUUGUUCGCAGUUCAGAGCGCUUGGCAGCAAAACGGUGCGGUCUUCAGACUGAGUCCCUGGAAACCCUAUACUUUACACCUAUAAAUACCAGACAGGUCAACAGGACCAGUACGGAGCACAAAUUGGAACUGGAUUCAGCCCGUAAAAAUCCAACUUCAUCAGUCAAACGACGGAGGACCACACAGGUUAUUAACAUCACCAUGACCCAGAAAACCCCAGGCGGCAGUGAACACGAUGACACUUUCUACAGUCUGGCCUCGGCUCGCUCCCAACCAAACCUCUCCAGUGCCAACACUGCACAACCCAUGUCUAUUGGGCUGUUUGACACACCUGCCAGUGACCAGUUCAUCAGUCUUCCAGGCUACAGACGGAGCACAGUCCGUUCACAGACCACUAGUACAUUAUAUGCGGGGGAAGAGAAUGAGCCAGAUGGGGCACCUGAGGAUUGGAUGAGGAUUGCAGAGUUGCAGGCCAGAAACAAGGCCUGCCUUCCUCACCUGAAGAGCAGCUAUCCUGUGGAGUCUGACACUGGCCGUGGCAGUACAUUCCUUUUCACUGACGAAGAACUCCGUAUGGGUGACCCAUCUGACACAAUACGUCGGGCGUCCAUGAUGCCUGGCCAGAUGCAAGACUCUCUGGCCUCCCAUCGGCACUCCCUCAUGGUGGGACAGACAGGUGCUGCUGCCAGUACUCGUUCUCAUCGUCUGUCCUUGAUGCCAGGCCAGCUACCGUCAAAAACGGUCAGCUCCUCUCAGCUGAGAAGCCCGAAAGGCACAAAGCGAUCUUCAUCAUCGUUGUCUGUACAUCAAACUUCGCCUGAGAAAAGAAUGAGGGCCAGCUGCUUCCCCCGUCCACUCACGCCCAAGAACAGGAACGUGAUCAGUGGACCUUCCAGCUCUCAGAUUCAGGGCAGAGCCCUCAGUCCAGCUGAUCGGAGGCAGUCUAUGAUGUUCACUAUUGACAACACCCCUAAAAACAACAACUACUUAAAGAAAGGGCUGAACAAACUACGCGGCUCCGCCCGGAAAUCCCCAGGCAAAAGUGUAAAGAAGUUGCCCGCUCAGACAUCUGUCCCUUCAGGUGCUGCUGUGGUCCGGGCAGGCAGAGUUGGCAGCUCCAAGUCACCCCAGGUGACAACUAAAGGACAGAAAGCCACCAGCAGGUCUGCAAAGUCUCCUGGACUGACGGCUAGUGCUCGCAAGAACCGUGGGGUUGUAAAUGGAGAACAUCUUGCUGGAUUUCCUAAAAGAUGAUGAGCAGGAUGAAGGUGUGAGGACACAUUCCCAAACUGGAGUCAUGAUCGUGUCAAGUUCUACUUGAUCAUAUUUUCUUUUCCCCACAGUUUGUUUUUUCUUUCUUUUCCCCACAAUUUGUUUUUACUAUCGUCUUUUUGUUUUUACACUCUUGUCUUUUAAAAUCUACUGUACCUUUUUUAUGUUCUCGAUUAUAUUUUUUGCAAUAAAGAUUUAAGUGAUGCUG